AUGCAUUUCUCUCUUACUGUCUUGGCGCUUUUGACACCUGCUCUUGCGGCCUAUGUGCCCUCGGACCCAUGGACCGACUUGAAGCCUGAGGGUGUCUUCCCCAGUGGAACCACCGACUACUCUGCCAAGUUUGGUAUUCAAAUUGUCACCCUUUCCGACAAGUCUGCAGAGACUGUGGCUGCCAAAAGGGAAGUGGUGAACCAGAUUGGAGACGGUCAGAUCCAGCACCAGUCAGUGUCGGCGACCACCACGGCCUCGGUGAUAAAUCAGAUUGGAGACGGUCAAAUUCAGCAUCAAACCGCUUCGGUGAUUAACCAAAUCGGAGACGGUCAGAUCCAGCAUCAGACGGCUCCUCCAGCACCCACCGUGACUGCCUCGGUGAUCAACCAAAUUGGCGAUGGCCAAAUUCAGCAUCAAACGGCUUCUGUUGUGAACCAGAUCGGUGACGGUCAAAUUCAACACCAGACUGCUUCAGUCGUUAACCAGAUCGGUGACGGUCAAAUUCAACAUCAAACCGCCUCUGUCAUUAACCAAAUCGGCGACGGUCAAAUUCAGCAUCAAACCGCUUCGGUUAUUAACCAAAUUGGCGAUGGUCAGAUCCAACACCAAACUGCUUCCGUCAUUAACCAAAUCGGCGAUGGCCAGAUUCAACACCAAACUAGUGAAAAUGUCGCUGCUGCUGCUGCCACAGAGGCUCCAUCUUCAGGUAUCCAGCAGGCCUGCAUUGGCAACGACAACUUGGCCAUGACCUUGAAAGACUCCAUCUUGAGAGACGGCGCCGGUAGAGUUGGUGCCAUUGUCUCCAACAGACAAUUCCAGUUCGAUGGUCCUCCACCUCAGGCUGGCUCCAUCUACGCUGCUGGCUGGUCCAUCACGCAAGAUGGUCUUUUGGCCUUGGGUGAAGGUACCGAAUUCUUCCAGUGCAAGUCCGGCGACUUCUACAACUUGUACGACCAGAACGUCGCCGAGCAGUGUGAGCCGGUCCACUUGAGCAUCAUCGAGUUGAUCAGCUGUUAG